UGCGCAGACUCAUCAGGACAACUUCGUGAAGAAAGACGGAUGCUGGGCGAACGCGGAUGCCCAAAGUGAACCUCGAAAAGUCAACUGUUGGACAGAAUACAGAAGUGUGAAUAAAUUGAGAGUCUUGCUCUGUUACCAUGAACUUUGGACCUGGAUGGUGAGUCUUGCUGCCACAGAUUAAACGACCACCGGGAGUCUGACGGAGGCGGGGGACGUCAUCACAUCAGCAGGUACACGGCAUAGCCUCCUAACAAUCGGCGGUGCAGAAGUCAUUGAGCUAAACGAAGGCAAUAGCAUACGGCAGAUAGUACCACUGUGAGAGAAGAGUGGUGGGAGUAGGACGACGUUGGGAUGCUUGCGUGUCUGUGUGGUGCAGACCAGACAUACAGUGAAGAGGAGUGGCAGCAAUGUUGCCUGGUGUUGGUGUGUUUGGCACAGGGAGUACGGCACGGAUGCUAGUUCCAUUGCUGCGGGGGGAAGGGUUUGAGGUACGUGCGCUCUGGGGGAGAAGUGAGGAGGAGGCAAGAUCCCUGGCGCAGGAGCUGGGCAUUCCGUUUCACACCAGCCAAUCAGACGAUGUCUUAUUGCACCCUGAUGUUGACCUGGUCUGCAUCUACAUCUCACCCCCACUCACACGGCAGAUUGCCGUCAAAGCCCUGGGGAUAGGUAAGAAUGUGGUAUGUGAGAAGGCUGCUACCGCUGUGGACGCGUUCAAGAUGGUGACUGCGGCGCGGUACUACCCCCAGUUGCUGAGCAUUGUGGGUAAUGCUCUGCGCUUCCUCCCGGCAUUCGUAGCAAUGCGACAGCUGCUGGCAGAGGGAUACGUGGGUGAGCUGCAGGUGUGUGACGCCCGCGUCUAUGGCCCCAGUCUGCUUGAUCAAUCAUACGGCUGGACCUGCGAGGAGCUGAUGGGGGGUGGCGGACUCCACACAGUUGGCUCUACCCUCGUGGACCUGCUGAGUCACCUGAUGGGAGCACGUGCGAUACGGGUGCAUGGCCUUCUCAGGACGUUUGUGCGGCAGAAUGGAGCGAUCCGCGGGAUCCGCCGAGUCACCAGUGAUGACUUCUGUUUCUUCCAGAUGCUGAUGGGAGGUUCUGGACCUGGGACUGGGUCAGGAGUGUGCUGCACUGUGACUCUGAACUUCAACAUGCCGGGGGCCUUUGUCCACGAGGUGAUGGUUGUUGGGUCAGCAGGGAGGCUGAUUGCCAGGGGGACAGAGCUGUAUGGGCAGCGAAAUGGAGGGAACAGGGAGGAGCUGCUGCUAGGGGACAGCGAAGGGACAGGACAAGAGGUCAAGGAUGUCCCCCUGCCACACCUGCGGGGGCUAGGUUCCAUGGUUAAGGCUCUAAAAGAUGCUUUCCAGGCACAGGAAGAGCGUCGGUCGUGGGCGCGGGGUCCAGUUGCCAUGGCGUCGACGUUUGAGGAUGGGCUGUAUGUGCAGACGGUGGUGGAAGCGGUGAAACGGUCAAGCCGCAGCGGAGAGUGGGAAAGUGUGGAGGUCAUGACACAGGAACCAGAUCCCAACCAAAACCUCUGUGAGGCGCUGCAGAGAAACAAGAACUGAGUACUCGUUUAUAUACACACAUACUAAUAUAAAUGACCUUCAGACAGCCUCUAUGGCCUAUCCUGAGGAGACUGUCCCCUAUCAACUACUACCCUGUGUCUGGUGACCUCUUCCGUGCAUAAGGAACACACUCAAAGCCACAGCAUCCUGUCCUGCAAGCAGCCACAGCCAGGCAGACUAGAGGGCACACCUUCUACUUGAUGUCAACUCUUCUUCAGAGCAGAGUUUUUGUGUGUGCAUGCCUGUGUUUGUUUUUUUACAUUUUCCAGCCAAUCCGACCCUCGUUCACCUUACCCACACACAUUCCUGUCUAAUCAGUGAACACCUUGAAGGAGGAAGUGUUAAGUAUUCACACUACAGUUUCUCACUGUGCCUCACUACUUCUGCUGAUGUAAGAAAUGUUUGGAGUUGUUUACAUAUGUCACAGAUGAAAUGUAGGAUUAUCUCUUAUACAUGUGUACUAUACACAAACUGUUAUUUUUAAGAGUAACUUACUAACUCAAGAAUUUCAUAACAAAUCUAACUUUACAACUUCUCGUAGAGUUUACAAGGAGAUGCGUAUCAUCAUCAGACUGCCAUCACAGCAGAGUUACUCGUAUGCAACCGCCCUUGACUUUCAGUUAUUUGAUGUAUAUUUUAUUAUAUUGCUUGUUGAUCCCAUAUUCCAUAUCAGCAUCUCCUGCACUGCUAAAAUGCUACUACAACCUAUGCUGCGUACAAGCCUGUGAAUAGAAUGUGUCCGACUAUAUGGUGGAAAGACUACUGUAUUUAUUUCUUUUUUACUUUUGCGUUUUACUAAGGCUGUAUGCUUUUUAUUUAAGUAAUGUGUUCAGGAAGUGUAAAUGUGUCUAAUAAGCUAUAAGUUUGUUAAUGAAUAUUUAUAUUGUGUUUUUAAGUUAUCAUUUUAGUUUUACUUGGUGUUAUCACUGUUACACACAAUACCUGUGAUUUUGUUUUCAGUGGGGGGACAGCGGCUGUGAAAACAUACUGUGCUCUCGUGUUACUUCCCAAGUUAAUAAAUAUCACAGUCUUA